GGGGGGGAGAAAAGGAGCAGCCGCGGCAGAGCAGCAGCGAGCGGUGCCCGCAGCUGCAUCGCACCUUGCUCCUCCUCGCCGCCACCAUGCAGCCCUCCCGCAGCCUCCUGCUCCUCGCCUGCCUCCUGGCCGCCGCAGCCGCCUCCGCCGUCGUCAGGAUCCCCCUGCAGAAGUUCCGCUCGAUCCGUCGGACCCUCACGGAGGCCUCGGGGACCCCCGAGGACCUGUUGGCCCGGGGCCCCGCCCCCAAAUACACGCUGGGCGGCCCCACCCCCGAGAUCCUCAACAACUACCUGGACGCUCAGUACUAUGGGGCCAUCGGAAUCGGGACCCCCCCCCAGACUUUCACCGUGGUCUUCGACACCGGCUCUUCCAACCUGUGGGUGCCCUCCAUCCACUGCAGCUUCCUGGACUUCGCGUGCUGGAUCCAUCACAAGUACAACUCCAAGGAGUCCAGCUCAUACGUGAAGAACGGGACCGAGUUCGCCAUCACCUACGGCAGCGGGAGCCUCUCCGGGUACCUGAGCCAGGACACCGUGUCGGUCGGGGACAUAAAACUGGAGCGGCAGGUGUUCGGGGAGGCCAUUAAGCAGCCGGGCGCCACUUUCCUCCUGGCCAAGUUCGACGGCAUCCUGGGGAUGGCCUUCCCCCGCAUCAGCGUGGAUGGCGUCGUCCCCUUCUUCGACAACCUCAUGAACCAGAAGCUGGUGGAGAAGAAUGUGUUCUCCUUCUACCUCAACAGGGACCCAGAUGCGCAGCCCGGCGGGGAGCUGAUGCUCGGGGGCACUGACCCCAAAUACUAUACCGGCACCAUCAACUACGUCAACGUCACCCGCAAGGCCUACUGGCAGGUCCACAUGGAUGGGGUGACUGUGGGCAGCCAGCUGUCGCUGUGCAAAGGCGGCUGCGAGGCCAUCGUGGACACGGGCACCUCCCUCAUCGCCGGCCCGGUCAGCGAGGUCAAGGCCCUGCAAGCGGCCAUCGGCGCCGUGCCCCUGUACCAGGGGGAGUACAUGAUUCCCUGCAACAAAGUCCCCAGCCUGCCCCCCAUCAGCUUCAAGCUCGGCUCUCAGACCUACAGCCUGACCGGAGAACAAUACGUGCUUAAGGUGACCCAAGCGGGCCGCACCAUGUGCCUGAGCGGCUUCCUGGGCAUGGACAUCCCCCCGCCGGGCGGCCCUCUCUGGAUCCUGGGCGACGUGUUCAUCGGACAGUACUACACCGUCUUCGACCGAGACAACAGCCGCGUUGGCUUCGCCAAGGCCCGCUGAACGCCCCCCCCGACCCCUGAGGUCUCCCCCCGUCCCAGGCCGGCCCGCUCCUGCCUCUCUGUUCUCCGUUCCCUUCGCUCGCCUCGGGUCGGGGCAGAGCAGGGGAGGGUAUAGUCAGGCAGAGACCCCACCCUCUCGGCCCCCCUCACUGACCCCUCCCAGCCUUUUCCGUUGGCCUGUUGUAAUCCUCUGUGGUCACUGCUGUUAGCACAAGGGUUUUGGCUUCUUCGUUCCUUGAAUGUCCGGAUAACUUUCAAUUUUUCCGUUGGCCUGGCGGGGGUGGGGGCUCUGAGUUCCUGCUUCUCUCCCCUCCCUGAAUCGGGGUGGGGGGCAGUGGAAGGCCACAGACCCUUCCCCUCUGUCCCCACUCUUGGAUAUUGACUGCGCCUCUGGUCUGCCCUUGAGUUGGGGAGUGAGACCGGGGCUUGGGUUUACAGUAGCAUAGUGAGAGCCCCUCCCCCCGCCCCCCCCAGUCUCUCAGAAGGGCGGGGGGAUAGGCCCCGGCUUGCCCCUCUUCCCCACCCCCUCUCCCAAUGUGUGGCAGCACCCCCACCUCUACCCAAAGCGAGGGGUUCCAACCCUUUUUUCUUGAGCCCCCUCCCCUAGGCACCACCUUCCCAUAAAUACGACGUGCUGCAGCCCGGAGCCCAAGAGAGGGUGGGGGGAAGUUCCUUGUGGGGGGACUGGAAGUGAGCAGGAGUGCAGGCAGUGGGAAGGGGGCCCCGGUCCCCCUUUCCUUCCACCCCCUUCCCACCAAAACCCGGCUGAGCCUGCUGGAGGGCAACGGGAUCCAGCACCGGGGGAGUUGGGAGAUCCUUCCUACCUGCUGCCCGCCCCUGCUCUAGCGGGGGAGGAGGAAGGAGGUGAUGAAAGCCAGCUGGACCCUCUCUUGGGGGGGGUUGGGGGGCUCUCCAAGCCUCCCACCCCCACUCCUUCUACCCCCUGCCACCUUAGACAAGUGCAAUGAAAAUACAGAUGGUUUUCGGUCCUA